CGACCCCGACUUUGUUUGAAACAUUCAAAUCAGCGUUUAUUGCAUAUACGUACGUAUAGUUAUAUAUCACUAUAUCAGUACAGUACAGUCAAGUAAGUACUUACUUGCAAGUCAGUAAAUAAUAUCCUACGUACUACGUACAAAAAUUCAGUAUUUCAGUAUCAUAAUCAUAGAAGUAAUCCAUAGAUUAAACUUCAUAAGUGCCGCGAAAAAUAGAUAAUUUAUAUAUGAUAUACAGUAACAAAAACAAAUAAAAUUAGUUGUUGAGUUGGUUGUGGUUGGAGUUGCGUGUGGAAUAAAGUUAAUACCGAAAAUACAAACCAAUUAAUGGAUACCAAACCGUCAGGACCACCACCUUAUGAUGAAGGUCCACAUCAAUAUCAUCAGCCUCAAUCGCACCCGUAUCCUGGUAACGCCCCACCAAAUUUCCAGCAACAACAACCAAAUUACGGCUAUCCCCCUCCACAACACGCACCCCCACCAGUAAUAAUGAUGCAACCUGCAACUCAAACCCAAACCUCUACAUCAGUGAAUGUUAAUGUUCGUGGUGGUGUGGGCUGUCCAGUUUGCCAUAACAAUUCUUGGACUGGGACCUAUUCCUGCUGCGCCUGGUGCCUGGCGAUAGUAUGUUUUCCUAUUGGCAUAUUAUUCUGCUGCUGCAUGAGAAAGAAGAAGUGCACCAAAUGUGGAUAUACUGUUGGAUAAGAUAACUUUUAAUUCUUAUAAAUGUAUACAAACUAUAUAAUAAAUACAUAAUGUAAUAAUAAUCAUUUUCCAUGCAAUAAAAAAAUAAUUACUUAAUUUUAUAAUUA